CUUCCAUAAAAAUGUUGACAUUAAUUUUCUCUUCUCUUUUUAGAUGGCAAUGAGGAAGAGGCCCCGAGUGCAACUUCCCCAACUGUGGCGGCCAAACCCAGUUCACUGUCAGCUGAUGCUCCUCCAUUUAUGAGCAAGGUGUCUACUGCUGAAGACCCGGGAAAGGAACCACAGGAACCUAUGCAAGUUGAUGCUCAACCUGAGGAGAGACCUGCCGAGAUGCCGACUAGUAAAGCCGAUGAUGGGGAUGAUGAUAGCGAUGAAGACGAUGAUAGCGAUGAAGAUAGUGAUGAAGACCAGGUCGAGGUCACCAUUGGUCCUAUCAAGACUGGUCCAACAACUCCUCAUGUCCCAUAUGGACAAACUGUGGCGAAACAUUCCCCAUACACAAAGGUUGCAACACCAACUACUCAACCAUCAUCAACACCAGCUGCAUCUCAUCCUAAACCAGUAGGAAAAGGUCUGGAUAUAGAGGCAGAGAGCAACAUUAAUGGGGUUGGUUUGUAUUCUUAUGAGCUUGAAGCUCAGGAAGAGAAACCAUGGAGAAAACCAGGUGCUGAUCUGACUGAUUAUUUCAACUAUGGUUUCAAUGAGGAAUCAUGGGUAGCGUAUUGUGAGAAACAGAGGAGAAUAAGAUCAGAAACCGGUGGAGUUUCAUUACCAGUUAAGAAUUUUAUGCCAUACACACCAACCCCAGUUUCUAGGGAGCCUACUUCGCCUGAUGGUCAAGUAUCUCAGCCACCAAGAAGUCAGUUCCGUCGGAGGGACAGCAUGGGUAGCACAUCAAGCUACAAAUCAAUUAAGGAGAGAGAGUCGUCUUACUUGGCUAGCUCAGGGACUUCAACCAAGCCAUCUUACUCCUCCAUCUCUACUGUGGGUGGCAGAGGAGUACACAAAGAUAACAAGGAAAAUAUGGGAGGUUCUAUCACUGUGUUAGGAGCAACCAGUACGGCAACACCAGAAUACCCUAGUAGUAGUGCCACUAGCAGCAGUAGUCCGGGAAUGAAUAAUAUCAGCACAAUUAGUUCCAUCGGUAGCAUCAACAGUACCCCUAGUCCUGCACCUACAGGGCAACCUAUACAAUCAACCUAUAGUCAACCAAGCAAUCCCAUCCCUCCAGGGCCUCCCUCAGCUACUCUACCACCACCUAACAUGCCAGACUUCUCUAAGCCACCACCAUCAAUGCAGGGUCCUCCUCCUCAAGGUCCCCCUCCUCAAGGGCCCCCUCCUCCUCAUAUGACCGGGCCACCUCCCAACAUGGGAGGACCCCCUCCUAACUUUUCAGGGCCACCACCGAUGUUUGGAGAUGGUAAUUACCCUCCACCACCCAACCAGUCUGGUGGUCCACCAAUGUCAGGCCCACCGCCCCCUAUGGGAAUGCAUGGUGGUCCACCACCACCUAACAUGGGCCCACCACCUAUGGGCAUGGUUAGAGGGCCACCCCCUCCCAUGGGUGGUCCACCACCCCAUAUGGGUAUGCAAGGCCCCCCACCAGGGAUGGGAGGCCCUCCACCAGGCCCACAUGGACCCCCGCCGAUGGGAAUGCCUCCUGGUGGUAACUGGAUUAGACCACCUCCACCCUUUGGGAGACCAGAUGGACCCCCACCUCCUUUCUAUGACCAGCCCCCACCUAUGGGUGGACCAGGAAUGGGACCCGGUCCUGGUGGUCCUCCACCUAUUGGGUCUGGACCCCCUCCUAUGGGUAUGCCACCCAAGUCUGGGGAUUCCAAGACCUACUCUCAGUUUAAGUCUAACUGGGCUACCAGAGGUAGUGAUACAGAAAGUGAUAUCAGCAGUGGGAGUGAAGAUAAUAAUAAAGAGUCAGAUUAUGACAGAGACUACCGGGAAUUCAGUAAAUUUCUCAACAGUAAAGCUGAGGAAGACAGAGCAAGAGAAUACAGCAGAGAAAGACGGGAUAGACCCAGCAGAGACCGUAGCAGGGACAGGAGUAGAGAUAGAACUAGGGAGCGAGAUCGCGAUCGUGACAGAGACAGAGACCGUGAUAGGGAUCGUGAUCGGGAUAGGGACCGUGAACGUGAUCGCGAUCGUGAUAGGGAGGGUAGAGAUAGGGAGCGGGAAACCAGAGACAGGGAUCGUGAUCGAGAUCAUGAAAGCCGCAGUAGAGACCGUGAUCGUGAUCGAGAUCGUGAUAAGGAGAAGGAGAAGGAGAGAGACAAACGGGUUAAGGAAAAGAGUGAAGACAAAGAUGACAGAGUUAGAGAUCGAUACAAGGAUUCUAGGCACAAAUCAUCAAGAAGGAAACGAGACGAAGAGGAUGACAGGUACAGCUCACGUCACAGGCACAGACACUCCCGUCGGGAUCGGGAUAAAGAUGGGGGUGAAGAAUUUGAGAUGGAAAACCCUGCCAGUGGAGUAGAAGAUCUAAAUCCAUCUCUUGUAGGCGAUGCAUACCAUUCAGACUAGACAGGAGUAGGAACCACAAAAUAGAUGCACGUAGAAUAGUAUUUAAAGCAACACUAUCAGGAAAGAACAUGGUUUCAAAACCAUGUUGGUACGGAUGAUAUAAUUUGUAUUCACAAAAGCUGGCUUUGAAAGAAACUUUCAAAAUGUGCAAAAAGGUACCAUUCAGGACCCUGUUUCUUAUAAAGUAACAUAUAAAAUAUGUGUUCAAUGGCAUUACAAUUGAAAAGCACAUACCGUAUGUUUAGGGCUAUUUGGCAAGAGAAAGAUGUGCAGAUGCAGCAUCAACAUCUUAGAGCCAGAAAUUCUGAUUAAUAUAAGCUGCUCUUGUUUCAAAACAUUUGAAAUCUGUGUCUCCUGAAAAUGUUGUUAUAAAUGUAACCCUUGUGAAUCCCAUGCCCUGCCCUUUAAAGAUGGCUAUGGGAAGUAUGUCUUGUUGGGGCGGAAAACAGAACAGCGUCGUGGUGUAGCGGUUCGUGACUCUCGCCUUGAAAUCAGAGGGUCGUGCGUUCGAAUUCCACCGUGGCCUAGUGUCCUUUGGCAAGAUGUCAGUCCAUACUUUGCCACUAUCCACCCAGGUGUUAAAUGGGUUCCCGGUAGGAUGCGAAAGCCUAUGUAGUGGGCCUAGCAAUUGAGUCUUGUAAUUCUUGUUGGAAUGCUCCCCAGGGAGUGGAAAAAGUGCAUACAUUGUGUGUGGGCAUGCCAGGAUCAAAUUACUGGGUAAUAAUAAUUACAAAGUGCGUAGGAACAAAGUGUAAUAAGCGCUACAUAAAAAUAACUAUUAUUAUUAUUAUUAUAAAGUAAUUAAUAAUUGUCUUUAUUGGAUGACCAUCAAGGUCUACUUCUGACAGUUAUGUGAAAUGGGGCCCCUGUGUGAUCUUUUCCUUUUUUUCUUACAAUGAUUCACAAGCUAUUCUGUGCAUAGGUUUACAUUCCUCUUAUAUAAGAUCUAAUAAGAUCAUUUUACAUCUUCUCUUGUACUGUACCUGCUAUAAGGGUAUGGCAAUUUGAAUUCAGGAUAGUAUUUUCACAUGCAUCUCUACUGUAAGAUAUAGCAGAAUUCCUUUAGGAAAGGAUGCCAACACUAAAUUCUAUACAAAGAAUUUGAUAUGUGUAUGUUGUACAUACUGUACAGUGUAAAUAUUGCAAUUUUUUAAAUGCUGAUUUUGUGAUUUUCUGAAUAUCCUGGGAUAUGUUUGGUGAUCUUUAAAGAAAGAAUUAUUUGCAAUCAAGGACAUAUUUUUUUCAAGAAUCAUAGAUCAUCUUAAAAUGUUGCCAUCUACGUCAUUCUUUUUGUACAUGUAUAUGGAAUGUUGUACUGUUAUUCAGCUGAUAUGUGUAUUCUCGAGACACUGAUUCAUUGGAUAGUUCAUUUAGAUUUCAAUAUCUCUACAUUCCCAAUUGAUUUUUUACAAUCUGCGUCUGCUUAAAUGAUAACACAUUACGCAUUCUAUAGACUAAUAUAAUCAUAUUUUUAAAGUGAUGCAGCAAAGAAUUAUAUUUUAACCCGCUGACCUCAAUAAGUUUUGUGAGAUGUGAAUCUUUGAAAGAAAUCAGUCAAUGUUUUUUUGUAUCUUGCAAGUUGAGAAAGAUUUUUUUAAAGAAAAAGUGGGUUUGUUGUUGAAUAGCAUAGAAAGAAAUGAAAUGGAGAUUCUUUAUUUGUACUUUUGUUAAAGAUUUUAAUUUGAUAACUCAUUGUUUGGCUGGCAGAAAGACAGAAGGAUGCUUGAGUGCAUGCGUGGUGAUUUUCAAUUUUGCGUGGCUGGCAUAAGGGCAUUAGCUUAAGCACGCGCUAUGUACAUUAUUGUGCAAGAGUUAGCACCUGUCUGCCUGACCAACAAGAAUGGGAAUUGACGUUCGCGUAACUCCUAAUGUCCUUAUACCAGCCAGAUGACAAAUUAGUUCAAACACAUUGCAGUAACCAAUACCAUGAACUGUUACUGCAUAUUAGAAAAGCUAGAUGUGUUCAAAAUAAAGAAUUUGACAGUGUUUUCUCAAAACUUAGGAAUAUAAGGAAAUAAAAAGACUUUAUUCAGUCUCAAAUGUGGCAAUAAUGCAUAGAAUUAUCAAGUACUUACUGUAUGCAAGUCUCAUGAUUUUUUUUCAAAUGAAUUUACUUUUCGGUUUGCUUGAAGGCAAAGUAUCUAAUAUAUGUCAAACACUUGUGACCUUCCAGAGAUGAUAUAUCUCUCUAGUUCAUAUAAAAAGUUGCUCUUUAAUUUUCAUGGUUGGAGCAGUUCAUGAGAUGAAAAUAAAAAGGAGAAAAUGGAGGCUAGGCAUACAAAAUAUAUUGAUUAUUUGAUGGAAUUGCCCAAAAGCUAAUUUAGUGCCCAAAGAAGAAUGACUUUGAACUAGUUUUGAUGCAUUAAUACUACAGUGGGUGUCUCAUUGUCUUCAUUGAUCUUGCAAAAAAUAGUUAUGUCCUUUAGAAUUCUUUGUUAUUUAUUGAUUAGCUGCUAUCAGGAGCAGUAUGUAAUCCUCAAUCCUGUUUGUAGCCAAAAUCAAAACAGAAAUGUCGUUUUUGCUCCAAUAACUAGCAUAUACAGUUGACACAAGUAAUUCCAACUGCGGAAUAUGUAGCCCUAUCAAUUUUUAAAGUAAUUGCGGACUCACACAUGGAAACUGCAAAAACAUAUAUUUUUCUCCAUCCAUAUCCCAUAGUAAUAUUAUUUGCAUUCUUUUGUAAGUUGCUAUAUUGGCAUACCCUACAUUUUAUUUUCAACUUUCUUUUCAUUGCAAUUUACACGAGAUACUUUUGGUCAGUGAGGGAUUAAUAUUAGUUUACAAACUUGAGUUCAUUUUACAUGUGUAUGAGUAACCAAUAGUGACCUAAUCAGCAGUAUCACAUGCAAAGCUUCAUACACAUAUUUCAGUAUUAGAUAAUUUUUUGUGUCCAAUGCCUUUGAAUGCAAAAAUAAUUGCAUUGGCUAGAUGUGGAGAAUAUUUCUGCUAUAUGUCGUAAGAUAAUUGUGAUUUAUUUGUAAGAAAAGAGAAGAGAAUUUGGCUUCUUAUUAAAUCUCAUCUUUUAGGAAAGCCAGAA